CCCUCCAUGAAUGUGAUAGCAAAGACCCAGCAAGGCCCCUCCAUGAAUGUGAUAGCAAAGACCCAGCAAGGCCCCUCCAUGAAUAUGACAGUAGAGACCCAGCAAGGCCCCUCCAUGAAUAUGAUAGCAAAGACCCAGCAAGGCCCCUCCAUGAAUGUGACAGUAGAGACCCAGCAAGGCCCCUCCAUGAAUAUGACAGUAGAGACCCAGCAAGGCUCCUCCAUGAAUGUGAUAGCAGAGACCCAGCAAGGCCCCUCCAUGAAUGUGAUAGCAGAGACCCAGCAAGGCCCCUCCAUGAAUAUGACAGUAGAGACCCAGCAAGGCCCCUCCAUGAAUGUGAUAGCAGAGACCCAGCAAGGCCCCUCCAUGAAUGUGACAGUAGAGACCCAGCAAGGCCCCUCCAUGAAUGUGAUAGCAGAGACCCAGCAAGGCCCCUCCAUGAAUAUGACAGUAGGGACACUGCAAGUCCCCUCCAUGAAUAUGAUAGCAAAGACCCAGCAAGGCCCCUCCAUGAAUGUGACAGUAGAGACCCAGCAAGGCCCCUCCAUGAAUAUGACAGUAGAGACCCAGCAAGGCUCCUCCAUGAAUGUGAUAGCAGAGACCCAGCAAGGCCCCUCCAUGAAUGUGAUAGCAGAGACCCAGCAAGGCCCCUCCAUGAAUGUGAUAGCAGAGACCCAGCAAGACCCCUCCAUGAAUAGACCCAGCAAGGCCCCUCCAUGAAUGUGAUAGCAGAGACCCAGCAAGGCCCCUCCAUGAAUGUGAUAGCAAAGACACAGCAAGGCCCCUCUUGGCAGAGACCCAGCAAGGCCCCUCCAUGAAUAUGAUAGCAAAGACCCAGCAAGGCCCCUCCAUGAAUGUGAUAGCAAAGACACAGUAAGGCCCCUCUUGGCAGAGACCCAGCAAGGCCCCUCCAUGAAUAUGAUAGUAGAGACCCAGCAAGGCCCCUCCAUGAAUGUGAUAGCAGAGACCCAGCAAGGCCCCUCCAUGAAUAUGAUAGCAAAGACCCAGCAAGGCCCCUCCAUGAAUGUGAUAGCAAAGACACAGUAAGGCCCCUCUUGGCAGAGACCCAGCAAGGCCCCUCCAUGAAUAUGAUAGUAGAGACCCAGCAAGGCCCCUCCAUGAAUGUGAUAGCAGAGACCCAGCAAGGCCCCUCCAUGAAUGUGAUAGCAAAGACACAGCAAGGCCCCUCUUGGCAGAGACCCAGCAAGGCCCCUCCAUGAAUAUGAUAGUAGAGACCCAGCAAGGCCCCUCCAUGAAUGUGAUAGCAGAGACCCAGCAAGGCCCCUCCAUGAAUGUGAUAGCAAAGACACAGCAAGGCCCCUCUUGGCAGAGACCCAGCAAGGCCCCUCCAUGAAUAUGACAGUAGAGACACUGCAAGGCCCCUCCAUGAAUGUGAUAGCAGAGACCCAGCAAGGCCCCUCUUGACAGAGACCCAGCAAGGCCCCUCCAUGAAUAUGAUAGCAAAGACCCAGCAAGGCCCCUCCAUGAAUGUGAUAGCAGAGACCCAGCAAGGCCCCUGUUGGCAAAGACCCAGCAAGACCCCUCCAUGAAUGUUAUAGCAGAGACCCAGCAAGGCCCCUCCAUGAAUGUCAUAGCAGAGACCCAGC